AUGAACGGGCGGGCCGAGCCCCGGAGCGCCUUCGGAUUGGCCGCGGCCGCGGGACUGGCUCCGCCUCGCGCCUCUCGGGCCGCGACCUGUCCGUCUGACGGGACGUCGACGCUGACGGGAGGGCGGGUCCUCGGCGGCCCGCGGAGCGGAGUGCGCGUGCGCUCGCAGGAGAGGGCGGGGCGGGGAGCUCGCUGGCCGGCCGGCCGGGCGGCGGCGCGCGUGCGCAGUGCGGACUCCCCGGGAAGAGCGUCCGGCCCGUCGGCUUCCACGGGAGGCGCCCGCGGGCCGCUCAGGGCGGGGCGGGAUGAGGCCUCUCACCUGUCCAUCCCACUGCGGAAACGGGCUUGGAGGGCUCCUGUUAAGCUGGAGCGGCGCAGGAAAGGCUUUCCUAGGCCCAGCAAGCUGGCUCCGUGGCCGGGAUGGCAGCAGCCGGAGCUGAGCCGCACCUGGCGGGCCAAAGGUCCCGCGCACCUGCGGGAGGAGCCGGAAGCGCAGCGCGGCGGGGCCAGCCGGGUCUCUCCGGGGCUGAGCGAGAAGCGGGAUGGACGUGCGCCUUUGCGCGUGGUGGCUGGGGCGCGGGGAUCCCACGCAGCCCAGGGGGACUCUGAUCCCGAGCUGCGCCCGCCGCUGCGCUCCUCCUCCUCCUCACGUCUCUUUCUGCCCCCCCCCAUCCCCUCCGCAGAUGCGGGACCCCGCGCGCGGCGCCUGGUGCGCAGCGGCAUCUCGCUGGUGGUGCUGGGCCACCUGAACCUGGUGCUGGGCGCCAUCGUGCACGGCUCCGUCCUGCGCCACGUGGCGCGCCCCGCGCGCACCAUCACCUCCGAGUACGCGGUGGCCAACGUGAUCGCGGUGGUCUCGGGGCUGCUGAGCAUCGCCGCCGGCGUCGUGGCCAUCCUGGUGUCGCGGAGCCGCUCCCCGCCUUGGCUGCGCUGGGUGCUGCUGGCCGCGGCGCUGGUCAACGCGCUGGUGUCGGGCGCCUGCUGCAACCGCUCGGCUCUGGCAACCGACGCCCGCACCGUGAGGACCGACGAGUGUCCCUUCGACACCACCCGCAUCUUUGACACGGCGCUGGCCCUCUGGCUCCCUUCCUUGGUGAUGGCAGCGGUGGAGGCUGGCUUGUCCGCCUGGUGCUGCGUGGCGUCUUUCUCUCUCUCGGGCCAGGGCCCCUCCUCCUACAAAGUGGCACUGCUUCAGGAGGCUGCCCCAGGAAAGGAGGCGGCAGAGGAAAGCUCCGGAAGAGACCCUCAUCACCAGCUCCUGGUUGACAUGCAAGAAGAGGAGUGCAGCCUUUAGUGGGGUGGGGUGGGGAGAAAGAGCCUGCCCCACUUUUGCUGCAAGAGGCCCAUGACAAUGGGCUGUGCUGGGAUGGUCAGACACAGAAUGAUAGAGUUGGAAGGGACCCCGAGGGUUGUCUAGUCCAACACUGCAGGAAUCUCAGCUGAAGAAUUCCUGACGGAUGGCUAUCCAACCUCUGCUUAAAACCUCCAAGGAAGGAGAGUCCACCACCUUCAAAUGUAGCCCAUUCUCCACGGUCAAACAGCUCUUACCACCAGAAAGUUCUUCCUGA